GAUGAAUUGGACUGAAUCAUGGUCACAGCACAGCAGGAGAGAGUAAGAAGAAAGUCAUUGAAUUGCAUCUCCCCCACUCCUCCAAGCAGGGUCUCUUUAAACCAAAGCAGCAAAAAAGGGGCAAAGGCCAGCACUGUAUUCUGCAUUGGUUUCUGUUAGUUUCACUAAUUAUUUAUUUGAAUUCCAUUUUCUUUCAAGCACACAUUAUGAUUGGGCAAAAGCAAGCAUGUUAUGCAGCUAACAAACUUUCCUCCCAGCCCUUAAUAGCACAAAUUCCUGAAGCUGGUUUUCAGUGCUCCCAAUACAAUGCUUGAUCAGGAAGAACAAUUAGGGGUUAUCUGUGAAGGACAUCAAGGGCAAGAAGAGAAACAAAAGAGAGCAAAGCCAUUACAGGGUUUCUUAUGGUCUCCACCUGUUCCAUGCCAUCUUCCACAACUAACUUGCUGUCGUGGUUAUUUUAUCUGCCUCUCACACUGCUAGGUUCCCUGACUAUCAGACAUCUAACAUACAUUCCACAGGAGGCCUAGGCAACCACAGCAAAUUAGUUAUCCAGAUGACUACUUAGGCCCUACAGUUUGAUUUAUCAAAGUCACCUCGGGCUAGUUUCAUAAUCACAACUAUGUGAAAAUAAGGUAUUCAUGCUUAAUUCAGCUAAUAUGACAAUAACACACCAUAGCAUGACAAACCCUCCAAGUUUCCUUUUUCCAGGGACAGCUCCAGAUUUACAGAAACCAUCCCAGUCUCUGAUUUGAUCCUAGAAUACCCCACUUUUCCUUAACACGUCCCUAUUUUCAUCGGAGAAAUGUUGGAAGGUAUGGAGUUAUCCAACCACCGAGCCAUCUGAAGGCAGCCCUGUCUAUGGAAGCUUUUUAAUGUUUAAUGUUUUAUUAUGUUGUUAUAUGUUUAAAGCUGCCCCGAGUAGCUGGGGCAACCCAGUCAGAUGGGUGGGGUAUAAUAAUAAUAAUAAUAAUAAUAAUAAUAAUAAUAAUAAUAAAUAUUAUUAUUAAAUAAAGGUAAAGGUAAAGGGACCCCUGACCGUUAGGUCCAGUCGUGACCGACUCUGGGGUCGGGGUGCUCAUCUCGCUUUACUGGCCGAGGGAGCCAGCGUACAGCUUCCAGGUCAUGUGGCCAGCAUGGCAAACCAGAGCAGCACACGGAAAUGCUGUUUACCUUCCCACCGGAGUAGUACCUAUUUAUCUACUUGCACUGCGUGCUUUCGAACUGCUAGGUUGGCAGGAGCAGGGGCCGAGCAACGGGAGCUCACCCCAUUGCGGGGAUUCAAACCGCCGACCUUCUGAUCGGCAAGCCCUAGGCUCUGUGGUUUAACCCACAGCACCAGCCACGUCCCUUUUAUUAUUAUUAAAUAGGAUGUCCCUAUUUUCAUUGGAGAAAUGUUGCGGGGCAUGGCAUGAUGAAGACAUACAUUCCAACCUGGUCAUCUGAAUGUAUGCAAUGAGGCUACUUAAUGGCAAAGUGUCACACAUCAGAAACAGAACUAAGAGACUUAUGUUACAGAAGAGCAGAUAAACAUUAGGUAAGAACUAUUGAUGGUAAGAGCAGUUGGACAAUGGAACCAGUUAUUUAUAUAGGCUGUGGACUUUUUCUCACUGGGAGUCUUCAGGCCAGAGACCAUCUGUUGAUGCUCCAGCUCCUUCACUCAGGCAUGAGGUUGAACUAAGUGGCUUUCAGGGUCUUCCUCAUCUCUUACGAUUUUCUCAAUCAUGACCCAAUCACCAAUGUAGGAGAAAUAAAAACAGUUGAGAAAUAUUCCUGUCAUUUGGCUGUCAGUCUCAAUACCUUUUAGCUCUCAUUUGCAUAUUAACCUGGUUCAACGGUCUAGGAUCGUGAAUUGCAGCCUAGAGCCAUUUUACAUUUUGAUUUGAAUGAGAGUCAAAUAUGCCCCAUACUGAUCAGUCAACUAAUGUUAAUUUAGGUGUGAAAGUUAAGCUCCCAUCAGGCUUUGACAUGUUUCAGCCGCAGUUUACUGUACUGACAAAAACAAUUGGCGAGACUGAUUCUCAAAACCACAGGGUCACAUUCUGAUAAACUAGGAGCUAGGUGGAUGUAUCAGCCACCACCUUAUGAAGAUGUCACAUUACAACAAAGAAUGGGGGCAUUUUGGUGGUGCCAGGGGGGAAGUGACAUACAAAUCAGAGAUGUAUCCAAACUGUUUUUGGUGUCUGCCUCUAUCAGCACACUCAUGUCACACAGCAGGUGCUGCCACAGAGGAGACCACUUGUUCCUUUUUCAGCCAUAAUACUGCUGAUAGCAGACUUCUCAACAGACUGCCAUCAGCAGGCUCAGGACAGAUAUGUCAAAGCUCUUGUUCAUGGGCCAGAGACCCAUCAGAGCCCUUUUGACAUCUUUUUGUGCAACCUCAAAAGUAGCAGGCAGUGAAGUACAUGCAAAGGCACUGCCCCAUGGGAUUCCUCGGCCUUCCCCGGGGUGGGCUGGCCCUAAUGAUUAGCUUUCUAGCAAUGCUCUGAACAGAUACCUAGCUUUUGAAGAGAAAUUAUACACGCAGAAUCUGUUUGCUUGCAUGGUUCCGCAUCCAAGCAGACAUCUACAUAAACAAGCCUGCCUCUGCUAGCACUAGGGCAAGGAUCCUUGAAACUUAUUAUCUACGCCAUGUUGGGGUGGGCAGGGUCAAUGCAAGCCACUAAAUGGGGAAAUUCACUGUUUUUGGAGGGAGGUAAGCACCAAUUUUGGAGACACUUCAAUCUAGCAGUGCUGGUGGGAUUCUUCAUGAUACUGACAUUUAAAGCCCUAAAUGACUUGGCCCAAAUAUCUGAAGGCAUGCCACAUCAUCCCAUGUUAAGAUCUUCAGGGGAAGCCUUUUGGCAGCCCCACUUUCCUCUUUGGUUAGAGGGGUAGCGGUGUGUGAGAUCACCUUUUCUGUUGUGGCAGCCAGGUUGCAGGAAUAUAUCUUCCAACAUACAUCUUGCACCAUCUUUGUCUGCUUUCAAGACGCAGCUCUUUCCCCAGGGGAUUGGUUGAGUGACUGCUCUCCCUCCUCCCACACUGCUGUGCAUUGCUGCACUUCGUUGCGACUGUCAUGCCAACAUUAUCAUUGGUCAAUCUUAUGGUUUUGUUUUAAGGUUAAUGUAAAUUGCACAUGCUUUCAUUGCGACAUUUUUGUAACUGCCCUGGGAUCAUUUGGUUGAAGCAAGGGCUAUAAGCAGAAAUAAUUAAUUAAUAAUAGGAAAUGGGUCAAAUCUGGACAGAUCUAGCAAUAAUGAUUGCUUGGAUGCUCCUUCCUUCCCCUGCCAUUUUCACCUGGCUUGCUUCAUUCUCUAGCCCCUGGCCCUUUUCCUGGCUAUGUGGCACUCAUUUUAUCAGCUGGACAGAGCCAUCUGCCAAUCAUUUUAUUUUGGCUGACAGCCCACAUAAUUUUUUAAUCCUCAAUGCAAAACAAAAGUGUCAUUCCUCAGAAACUCCCCACUCUUGCCAAUAGGGAGUGGGGGGCAUGGGUAUUUUGCGGCAUCUAGGCUUUAGAAAAUAUUGACUGUACAAAAGGAGCAAUUAUCAGCCAUUACAUUUUGGCCAGUUACCGUUUACGGAAUCCCAUUUUCUUUGUAGGAUUAUGCCAUUAUAUCUAUGAACCAUUAUCUGUAUAUAAAAGGAGACAUUAGUAGCCAUUACAUUCUGGCAACAUUCAAGCAUGGAACGUGAAAUCUCUCCUAGUAGCUCUUUUUAGAGUGCCUAAGAAGAUUUCCUCUUAUUACUAUGCCUGAUCUCCUUCUUAGAUCUGGCUUACUGUACUGAGAUGAAUAGGAAUUUUGACCAAAAAAAAAACAGGAAUCCAGCAUUCUUCAAUGUUUUUAGAAAGUUCAUUUUGAUUGUAUGGUGAAUCUGUACUUGGAAACCUAAAAUAGACUCCACACAAAAAGAACUUUGCAGCAUACAUUCAAAACACAUUUAUAUAUUUUAAUAUGCAGGAAAAUAUAGAGCUUUCUGACUUAGCUGAACUGCUCAGAAGGCCUUCCAGAACUGUAGCUAAGUAUGCACUGUGGCCACUGUCUCUUCUGAGUUGAAAAAUGUGCGUAUUCAUUAAUGACUAUUUUAAAGUCAAAAAUUCCAAAUACAAUCACAUGGAUACAGUAAUUGAUCCAAUAAUAGAAUAGAUAUCUAGUCAUUCAAAUUACACAACUUGCCCCAAACUUAUAAUAUUAAAAUUCAGUGACUGGGUACAAUUUAAAAAGAAGAAGAAGAAGAAAUGUAUAAAUGGUGUUUCAUCAACAGGACACAGCAUGGUGACACAAUAAACAGUAUAAAGUACAUUUAUCACAGGAUAUCCAUAAAACAAAACAAAUUAACAGUUAUAUAAAUACAUUUCAUAAUAGACAGCAAUGCACAGUAAUACAUGAUGCAUAAUAAUAUAUCAUAAGCAGAACUUAGUAAGCAGCAGUGUCAAAUUGAAUUCCCAUCCCUAAUAUAGACAAUAUUGAUUGCCACUAAUAUUCAAUUCACAACAUAGCACUGCAUCACUUUAUGUUUUAACUGUUUGAGAUAUAUAUUGGAUGUGUAUCUGAAAAUGCAAUCCAGAGUUAAUAUUCUGUUCUCUGGAGGGAUCAGCUAUGCUAACUGUGCAGUACAAACAAUAUGCCUUGAUUUCUGUCCAAAGAAGCUUUUAAGUGUUACCUAAUUGCAUGGAAGUUAAAAGAACAAUAAACAAAAGAGUCAUGGACUUUCUGCACCUACCUAUUCUACUAGCCUGGUUGCUUUUUUCAGAUUUUUUGGCAUGCUUCCACACAACAUUCUCAUUACUGAGCUGCUAGUCCAGAAUAAUGUACUACCCCCCCCCCCCAGUUUCUUCUACCACAAAAAAAAACAAAUCUGUCAUUCGCAGAAGAUCUGUAAUGGAUCCUCAAUAUUUUCACCUAUGGAAGGUCUAUUGCUGUGCACAUGCUAAUAACUGACAGUUACUGACUCACUGGAGGAACCCAAGAGUGUAUAAUGAGUGUGACUACAAAUGCUGAACUUUUCUCAGUUUGGGUCAUCCCACCACUCUCAAAACCACACUCUCAAAUCACAGCAGGAGAACACAGAAAAUAAAAAAGAGCCUGCAGGAUCAGGCAAUGGCUCAUCAUCCAUAUUCUGAUCCCAGUGUAACCAACCAGAUCCCUGUGAGAAACCUGCAAGUAAUGACUCGGGGGUCAGAUACCCAUACCUCCAACAUUUCUCCAAUGAAAAUAGGGAAAUCCUAAGAAAUAGUGGGACAUGCUGGGAUCAAACCAUAAACCGGGACAUCAUCUCUAAAUCAGGGAAAUAGGGACACUUGGAGGGUCUGUGUCAGAUCAAAAAGGAACUAUGCCAGUAUAAAAGAUAAGUGAAUGCCCUCAAUCACAUGGUUCUUUCUCACCAGAUUGAGACACUCUUCUCAGAAGGGGCCUGGUUCCAUAGCUAGAAGCUCCUAACCACAUGGUUGGGUCAUUUAACAUUGAUCAAGAGUAAAGGAAUGUAGCCCAAGAACUGGCUGGUUCGUGGAAAUUAGCUUACCUCUCUCCUUAGCCACAGCUCCCAAUCCCCAAAAUUCUCUUGCAUAUCUAUCAGAACUGUUUGAUGAAAACUGUUUUACAUUUAUAUAUGAAAGAGGGAGUCUAGUAGGUCCCCAAGUGAAGGGCAUUCCAAAGUUUUGGUGCAACCACCAAGAACACCCCCUUCUAUUCUUGUGUUCGCAUCCUUAGUCACUCAAACUAAAUGCACAUUUUCCUGAAAAAUUAUGGUGCAUAAUUCUAACAUUCUAACUUUCAUACUGCAUUACCCAUUGUGUUAUAGAACAGUGGCUGCCACCAUGCCACACUAAAUUUUAAAUGUCGGGAAAGAACUGCAUGCCAGAAUACCACCCCAAAUUUCGCCACAUGAAAUUACAAUGCAGCAAUUUUCCAGGAUUAAUGGGGCUGCAAACAGAUUUCUUAUGGAGUAACAAAAAAACCCAGAAUGGAACUUCACCCAGAUUCCACUAGUUUUCCCGAAAUGUUUUGCACAUUGUGUGAAAGAUUGCAUAAGAUAUGGAAAUUAUCAGAUAAGAAAACAGGAAUAUGGUAUAAAGCGCUGUCUGAAUGUAGUUUAUGUUUUUACUGCAAGAAGUGAAAGUGAGAUGGGGGUGUGGAGUUUGCCAAAUAUGCCAGGGAUUUGGAGGUGAAAGACUUGUUUUUCUCAGGAAUUUCUCUCCUGAGAAAUUUUGGCUCACUUUAUGUUAAUUGAACUAUAUUCUCAGUUGCUGGUGAUGAAAUCAAUGGACUAAGAGAAGAGAACCAUAAGAAGCAUGGGGCCAAGCCCAUUGCACCAUUCAAUUAUAUUACAAUAAUAUUAAACAAUAUUAAAAACUGGACGCAUAGUUGCACUCAAAAUUCAUGGACUGAGAAAAAUGGGAGAGCCUUUUCACCAAAUAUUCCCCAGAGGGAGGACUGAAGUUUUUCAACAAAUGUGUCAGAAGAUUCUUCUCAGAUAAAUUUUGGCUCAGCCUUAAAAUGAAGGCCUUGGAUUUUCCCUUCCUUCUCCACCCUCCACCUCACAUUACAUUGACAGAGGCUUGGAGAAACAUUGGCUCUCAGCUCCUGAUUGUUGAGUGUGAACCCCAACCCAUCAAAGGGCAAGCAGCCUUCUGCUGACCUCAUUCUUUUCUGGAUCCCAGCCAAAGUGCACAACUUUCAUUGGCAACGUUAGGAAUUUUACAUUUGUCAAGACAGCAAGAUAAAUACAUAAAACCAAAGAAAUGAUCAGGGGAACAGAUUCCUGGAACCUCUUAAAAAUGAAAUCUUAAUGUAAUAAAGUUUUAAAAGAGUAAGAGCAAUCCCAAAACUGAGACGCAGGAAGCUGAAGGGGUAACCUGGGAAUUGGUUGCAGAAUGCAUAAAAUCUAAGCCUGUGUUUUGAAGGGGGUGGGAAGAAUAUUGAUCAUCAUCUCAAAGCCUUGAGAGAGUAAUUGCAGAGCAACACUGAAAUCUGUCCACUUGGAAAAAUAUGGGCGUUUCAUAUAUAAAAACACUCAAACCAUAUGUUUUUUAUAUACUACAUGUGGCAUGUGUGUGGACUGUAAUUAAAGAGAACAACUCUGUCAAUAUAUGAUCUCACAUAAAUUUAAUCUAUAAACCAUAUGCUACUUAUACACGAACGCUGUAUAUAUUUCUUAAAGCUUGCUGGGUAAGUGGAAAAAGCGAGGGGCUGGGAGGAAUGUGCGGAGGUAAGAAAAAAGGAAUUUGAGGCUAAGGAGAAGGGGGAAGGAGUGCAGAUGCUGGGUUUAUGGAAGUCGUGAAAGCAAGUGUCACACUAGGUUUUACAAAAAUUGUUGAAUGUUUAAAUAAGAAAGUUUAGGACACAGGCCUGGCCAGAAUGGCUUUUCUGUUAUAUCUUCUGGGCUUGACAAAACAUCUGACCCUCACGUGAGCCUAUUCGAGCUGAGGAAUUACACACCUCCUCCCUGAAGCGCCCCACCUGGGCUGUGGGGGUCCUUGCCUGCCUUCCCUCAAAACUAACAGCUGUAAAUUCUGAAAUACUGAGGUCAGGGGUGGUAUGUCUAUUUUGCCACUUGAGGGAAAACAGGAAGUGCCACCCUGCUCUGCCACACCACCACCACCCGUGGGACUCGUGGCACCGCAGCUGUACCAUACCCGCCAACAUUUCUCCAAUGAAAAUAAGGAAGGCCCGUUCCACAACGAUAAGUUUACUAUUUAUACCCAUACAUCUUAUUAGGUUGCCCCAGCACUCUGGGCAGAUUCCAACAUAUAUAAAAACAUAAUAAAACAUUGAACUUUUUUUAAAAAAACAAACAACCCUUCCCUAUACAAGAUUGCCUUCAGACGGCUUGGGGGUCGGGUAACUUCAUACCCCACAACAACCUAUGGCACAAAAGGCUUAGACAUGGAGACUUUGGGAUUAAGGCAGACCUGCCAAAGAAAGGUGUGGUGAGAGGAAUGGAAAUUAAACCUUGUAAAGUUGACCUGAAUAGUGAAAUAUGUGAAAGUUGUUCGUUGAGGAAAGGAACAAGACCUUCUAUCCCCAAGCAAAGCCGGAAAAGUUCCCCAGAGCCUUUGCAACUUAUUCAUACUGAUAUAUGUGGUCCAAUUCAACCAAUGUCUCAUGGGAAAAACAACAAAAUGGGAAAAUAACCUUUCUGCUUGUAUAUGUUGAUGAGUGCCAGAUUUACGUAUAAGCUGAACAAACUAUAGUUUAGGGCCCCACUCUCUUGGGGGCAGCAAAAAAAUUAAAAGGGGAAAAAACUGGAUGUACAUUUCCAAAAUAGAAGAUAAAAAACUAAUAAAAUAAAACCUACAGACAGCAACAGUGUUUUGUGUUGUGUAGGCUCCUAUGAUGUAAGUAAUGGGCCCCACCUGCUAGCCUGCUCCCUAAAAUGGUUUGCUCAUUUUUAAUAUACUUCUUCUUAAUUGUAUUUCAGUUCAACAAUUACUUUGAUAAAAUACAUAUUUUGUUAUGCGCAAAUGGCUUUAGAUACCUAUUAGGGCCAUAAAUUACCAUACAGCAUAUAUUCAACACAAAAAAACAGUGAUAAUUUGUUGCUGACAAAGGACAGCUGGACAUAUAAAGGGCCCCAUUACCUUCAGUAGCUUAGGGCCUCAUCAAACCCAAAUCCAGCCCUGAUGUUGAUAACAUAAUUUUGGGUACUGAGAUUAUACAAAAAUUGAUGAAUGUUUAAAUAAGAAAGUUUUGAGAAUUUAUAUGCUAGAUUAAAAUUGAUUAAUUCAAAUAAGGCACAUUGAGUAGGGGCCUGCAUCCUGGCCAAGCCAUAGCUCUCCUGACAGCUGAUUUGAUCUGGAGCCCCAAUGUGGAAAUAAAGGAUGAGAUUGCCCACCAGAUACCAAGCACUCUACUAUUCAAAUACGGCCCCAGUGUUUUUCUUACAAUCCCCUUCUCAAUGUGCCUAAUUUGAAUCAAUCAAUUUUAAUCUAGCAUGUAAAUGCUCAACACUUUCUUAUUUAAACAUUCAGACUAGAGGUACAAGGGGAGAUGGAAGAACUGUGAAUUGAAAAAUAAAAGGGCUGAGAGCUGCCUAUCCACUGGUUUCUGGAUUUUGGAGGAAAUUUAUAAUGAGAAAUACAGAACUAGUAUGUACUGGAAAAGUCAUGGGAGAAAGUAAAUAGCCAUUAAAUAGCCCACGCCUUAGCUCCUUUUUGCUUAUAACCCAAGCACUACCAUUUCAUCUCAAAUGCUAGUUAUUCAAGAGGCAUGCCUCACAGGAACCCUUGACUGGCAGCCAGUUCAGGAUGAAUGAAAAUAUGUAUGCUUUCACCACAAUCAAUCAUUGAUUUACGGAAAUUGCUUCCACAAGAAGUGGGGAUGGACACUGGCAUAGAUGACAUCUCAAUUUUAAAUGUAGGGCAACUAUAAGGAGAACUGCUGCUGGCCAAGAUGAUUAACUAAAGCAGAAAUGGCUAGCCUGUAGCUCUCCAGAGGUUGCUGGUCCCAUAAGCACCAGCCAGCAUGACCAAUGGUCAGGGUUGAACAGCUCUUUGAGGGAGGCCAGCCACACCAAUGAACUGACAAUAUCCAAGCAAAUGAAGAAACAUGCAAGUAUUAACUUUGGCUUCCGCCGUUUGCAUAGAUUUUCUUCAUGAUAACCCUAAUAAAUCUAUUUGCAUUUUAAAUCACUUCUGGCUUCAUUAUUGUUACAGGAAUAUCUCAAUUCAGCGCUAGUGUUUCUGCAAAGGAAGGCAAAAUUAGUAGCUGAGGACUCUGCUAAAAUCUUCAGGCAAUGCAGUAAAAAGUUUGGGCAUAUUCACUAGGUUUUGAGAAUACCGGAGCAGGAACAUAUGUGAUGUCAACCUGUGUGUAUAGGCUGACGUGGUUGGAUUCCUGGGGGAGGGAGAGGGUGCCUGGAGGAUAUAUAUACUGCAUGAAUUUCUUUGGACUUGCUGUGGACACACCAUGCAGGUGCCUUUCUGCUGUUCCAGAGAGCAGAAAUAAAGAACUCUUUCUCUGAACCCACCCUCGGUGUCAUUUGACUUCCUUCCUCCUGUCCGGGAGCAACGCAGACCCAAUCGGUGAACUCCAAUAAGGAUACAUUUCCACUAGGUUUCGACAGCCUUGCCUCUGGAUGUACAUGCUUACUUCUUUGAACUAGUACAAGUGGGUAAAGUUGAUGUGUGACAUGUGGCCACACAUUACUAUAAAUUACUAUAAACAAAUGAAUUUUUUGUUUGAGUCAUGCAAAUAUUAGAUCAUUUCUGCUCUUCACUUAAGUAAUGGUAAAUAAUGUUUAUGGCAACUAUGUUGAUUUGCAAUUUCCUGACAUCGUUGAGAAACUACGUUUGCAUUCUAAGAAAGUAAGUUUGCCCAUCUAGUGAAUUGUCCUUCACGGUUAUCAAUGAAUUUAUCAUCAUUAAACACUAUAUAAACCACAUACAAUCUACAGAAUACAAUGCUUUUUCUGGGGGGACGCAGGGGGAUGCAUACUCCUAAACAUUUUGUGAAUCUAAGUUUGAGGGGCAGUAUUUCAAUAUGAGUAGGAAAAUGAGAGUACCCCUAAACAUUUUAAAUAGAAAAAAGCACUGAUAGAAUACAUUUAUUAAGUUUAUGUUCCAUAUACUUAAAUUUAUUAUGCUUUCCACUGAAAGCAUGUGGAGGCAGAUUCAGGAGGAGGGUCCCAAGACCUGGACCUUCCUGAAAGGUGACUGUCUUUAGAGUACAAUGUACUGGGGUCUAAGAGCAAGAGAGAACUGUUCCCUUCAUGCCCUGCUUGUUUUUCAAAGGCAUCCAGCUGACCACUGAUGGGAAAAAAAUAGAAUGCUGAAUUAGAUGGAUUUUUGGUUCAAUCAAUCCAGCAGCACACAUCUUGUACUCUUACGAGACAUCCAAGGAGUUCAGAUAAAUUAGGCUGAGUUAUAAUUCACUCGCUCUAGAAAUAACCCAAUUUCUAUGGACUUGUUAUUUUCAAAGGCUCCAAUUUGCACAUCGAAAUAUUGAAGAAACAGGUGCAAAAUUCUCACUGUGAUGUGGCUGGGAAAUAUACGUGGCUUUUUUCAAAUUAAAACAAUUUGCUGUUGAACUUAUAAUUGCAAAUCAUCAGCAGUCAGAUUAUUGUGAGGCUGCUGCAUAGUGUCUCUGUAAAUGAUCUCUGCAUCAUUGUACACAGCAGUGUAAGUUUAAGGGAAGAAGCAAUUAGCUCAUUGAUUCAAUGAUCUUAUUUUUCCCAGAAUAGCUUGUUCACCUUUGGCUGAGCAGUUAUGUCACAUGAUGUCAGGAAAAUAUUGUUAGCAGUUUCUUUUCAGCCUACUUAGAAACAAGUGUGUUCAUUUAAAACUGUAUCUCUGUAAUAUAUUUUAUGAGCCUGAACUUAUUGGCACAUCUCUAGUUUACAUGGCACUCUGCCAUAUGAAAUCAAAUUACACUUUCAGGGAGAAGCCAGUAUGUUUGUAGAACAAUGUAUAGCACAAUGAAGAGUAAGCCAAAAAGAAAAUGACCGCUGUCCCCCACCCUCAAGGAAAUAUCAGUAUUAUUUAUAUAAGGACAACGACGGAACCACAGCAUUAAAAUUCAUUUUAUGUGUAUUUAAACACAUACAAUCCUCUCUUUUUUUCAUCUCCAGUUUACACAUAUUGUGGAUUUGCACUGGCAUUCGUUCCCUCAUUCCCCAUGCUGUGGCUACAACUGACUCAUUUAAAUAAAAAAUAAAUCCCCAGAAGAAAUAAGUAAGAUGCCUGAGAAAGGCGAGGGGGGUACCAGGUUGGUAAAGCGGCCAGGGAGACUGGCCUAUAAGGAUUGGGACCAGUCUGACUCAACAAGCACUUGCUUCCUUAUGAAGCUGCCCAUGCAGCUACUGGAACCCUUCUGUGGAUUCCCCCCAUCUGCUGAGGGUGGUGGACAGGGUGGUAUUUGGGGGAAAGUCCUUCUCAAGGGUAGCAUUCCAGCUGUGAAUAUCUUUUUCACGGGCAGGGGCUCCUGAGGCGAAAUGGGAAGAGCCGCUUUGUCUUGCUGCUCCUGCCCACAUGCACCCUACCACAUCCGCCACUGGGGGACUCAUUGAGAUAAACGGAGCAUAACUCUGGAUCCAACCCAAUUGUUCUUAACCAACUUGAACACUUGUAUAAAAUCUACUGCUGCUUUUGUGUUUUAGCCUUUGCUGAGUUCAUGUGAUUUAUUAGUUUGUGAGUAGAGAUAGAUAGAUGAUAGAUAGAUAGAUAGAUAGAUGAUAGAUAGAUGAUAGAUAGAUAGAUAGAUGAUAGAUAGAUAGAUAGAUAGAUGAUAGAUAGAUAGAUAGAUAGAUGAUAGAUAGAUAGAUAGAUGAUAGAUAGAUAGAUAGAUAGAUAGAUAGAUAGAUAGAUAGAUGAUAGAUAGAUAGAUAUAGAUAGAUAGAUAGAUAGAUGAUAGAUAGAUAGAUAGAUAGAUAGAUAGAUAGAUAGAUAGAUGAUAGAUAGAUAGAUGAUAGAUGAUAGAUAAUAUGUUGUUUUUCCAUAUCUCCUUGUAAGCCUCCUCAAACAAACCCAGUGAGGUCUGGUGUACAUUUACGAAAUAAAAAAUAAAUCAGCAAGGCAAUGGCUAGCAAGAAAGCCAUUUAUCACAGCUAACUGCAUGAAGGUUGGGAUAGUAACGACUAUGCAAAUACGAAGAAGUAGAGUAGAACUAUUCAAGGUGAGUUAUUGAUGGGAAAUGGAUUGUAGCACAGAUCAGUAUGCCAAUGCUGUUAUGAUCAGGCACACACGUGCCCUUAGAAAUGCCCUUCAGGAAUAGUUGGGGCAGUGGGGGGGGGGGGAGUUAGCUAUUUAUAAGUAUAAGAGCUCCAUCAUUCCUGCCUCAAAGGACAAUUAAAGAUUUACCUCAAGUAUCGCAAGCUUGAAGUAUACGGCCAGUUCAACAGCAUUGAAGGAAGCAGGUAGAGUAUAACAUAAGAUGAAUGGAUGAUCAAUAACGAUAUUGUACUGAGCAUAAAUUACAUUCCUAACAUUAAAUAUGUAAAUUGGAAUAAUUAACAUGCAAUAAAAUAUUAUGAAUUUUGGCUGGGAGUUGAGACUGUGCUUUGAUUAGAACAAAAGUAUUGUACACUAUGUAGGCAGGUAAAUGAAAAGAAAAAGGCUGGUCUUCCCAGUGACACCUUCACAUGUGAAUUUACAUUAUAGCACAAUUCCAUGCAUAUUUCCUCUGAAGUAAGUCCUCUGCUAUGUCCAGAGCUCAGUUGGGCAUGCAGUGUCAGGGUAGAAGGGUAAGUGGAGUGUUAUUUUACCUUUUUAUUUUCUGGAGGUUUUUUUUAAUAAAAAGAUCUACAGUGGUACCUCAGGUUACAUACACUUCAGGUUACACACUCCGCUAACCCAGAAAUAGUGCUUCAGGUUAAGAACUUUGCUUCAGGAUAAGAACAGAAAUCGUGCUCCGGCGGUGCGGCGGCAGCAGGAGGCCCCAUUAGCUAAAGUGGUGCUUCAGGUUAAGAACAGUUUCAGGUUAAGAACAGACCUCUGGAAUGAAUUAAGUACUUAACCUGAGGUACCACUGUAUUGGAAACAAUGGGAAAACAAAUAGAUACAAAAGCUCCAGGGCUUCCAUAUUCCACCUGCUUUGGGAGCCUGUCAGGAUAGUGGGAUGGCUAUGGAUAUUUGGGUCCAGCUCUUACCCUGAUCCACCUCCAGUAUGCCCCCAAUCUGCCCCUGUUGCACAGCCUUUUCCCAUCUGCUGACAUUAGAGUUCUUGUAAUAGUGAGGCAAGGGGCAAAUUGGUUUCUGCAGCGAUAUGGGGACAGCUCACAAGGCUGGAUCGCUCUCUACAAGGUUGAAUUUCUUUCUGCCUUUGAAAAGGGAGAUCUGAAACAUCCUUUGGCCCCUGGGAUGCUAUCCAGGGGCCAUAGGAUUGCUGCCUUAGUGGCGUAAGAAAAACAGAAUAUUGUGUGAGCUUUCAAUAUAAUUUACAACAUCUUCAGUGCCAAGCUUUUCGGUUACUAAUCUUUAAUCUUUUUAAAGAAUAAAAGCUAGACACAAUGUGUAAUAGCUAAGGUUCUUUACAAUUUUAAUAAUAGCUAGAACUGAUCCUGGGUUGACUAUUCAAAUAAACAAAUGGGGGGUUGGUAUAGUGUAUCUGCAAACAGCAUGGCAACCCAACUGUUAGUGGCUUCAUACAACUUUCAUGAUCAAUCAAACAUUUUAUGUUGCUGUAAUCUGGUUUUAUUAUUUGGGCUAUUUUCCAAUUUCGACCAUUUAAAGAGCUACACAAAUUAUUUACAUGCAACUAAAGCAGCAAAAAAUAAUUUAAAAAAUACUGCUCUUUUUAUGCUAUCACCAAAAUGAAAUAGAAGCCUUAGUUGCAUAAAGGGCAUAUCCAUCAGUCAUCAGCAAAAGAGAGCUUGCUAGUACUGGGCACUGUAGCGCUGCAAUCACCAACACCAUGAAAUUUAUUUAUUUAUUAUAGCACCAUUUAUUUAUUAUAGCCUCUGGAGAGCUCAGAAGCAGAAAGGUAUGCUGAAAAUAAUAGUUAUGAUAAGCCCACCAAGCCCCAUCACCUUCAGCCAGCAGGGCCAGUGUUCAAGGAUGCUGGGAGUUGUACAAUAACUUUUGGAGUGCACCACAUGGUCUAUGCCUAGGGAUGUAAGAAGGCAUCAUUUUCUUUUCCACCCUACAUUUGUCAAAUACAGCACUGUUUCCAUUCUGCUGCAGUUCAUUUUCUACCUUUCUGUCCACUGUUGUGAAAAUAUAUAACUUUUCACAAUACAUGCAAUUAAUUAUGUAAAUUGCGUAACUAAUAUACUCAUCCCAUAUGUGGUCCUCUCACAUAUUUACUUCUCAUGCAUUAAGGAUGUUGAAGAGAGAUACUACGGCUUCGAUCCUAAGUUGUUCCUUGGUUUGUAGAAGAGGGGAGCAAUUUCCAAAAGUUUCACAACCUCUGAAGCAAUAUUUUGGGAGCACCAGGGAGCAUGGAAAAGUUGGUAAGCCAUGUUCUGUGAACAUGAAUCCUGUUCUGUUCAUGGAAGGUAAGUUGGGUUCCAAGCCUUUAGCAUUUCCCCUUCUACUAACCUAGCCUUUAACAAGCUGGUGCCCUCCAGAUGUUUGGACUACAAUUCCCAUCAGUUCCAGCCUGCACAGGCUAUGGGAAUUCCAAUUCAAAACAUCUGGAGGGCACCAGCUUGACAAAGGCUGUGCUAACCAAUAUCUAUGUAGCACAUUACUAGGGGAAGCGCUUGUGACUAUCCUGAGAAAUAUUACUGGCAGUACUUCAGUGUUAUCUAAAAUUGAUAUUACUGAGAUCAUUAGUGGGAAGGCUUAGCCUUUGUAAUGUGCACCAGUUUUCAUUCAAAUAAAUGAUUUAUCAUUCUUUCCCUCUCACCCUCAAAUAAAACAUAUCUCUUUGCCGCUAGGGAAAAGGAACAUGGCAUUAGAAAUUAAUCCUGCGGUAUCUCAUCUGCCCUUUCCACCACCAACCCUCUCUGCUUCUUGAAAAUUUGUAACUGCAGAUAGACCUGGCUGGUAUCCACCAUGAGGUAUGCCCUACGGCUGGCUUCCUUGGUUGCUGUAUGCCUCAGCGUUACCUCAGUUUCAGAGAUCACAUCUGCAAAAGUCCACCAAACGGUUGCCAUUGCGAGAUACACUCAGGAAAGAAAAUUGCAGGGUUCGGUAUGUUUAGUCACUUGAGUGAGCUGAUUGGCUGAACAUUGCUAAGUGCCUAUAAUAAGUGCCCCUUUUUAAAAUGUGAAAGGCCCAUAAUUGAUGGGCUUUGUGGGUUGGAGCAGGCAAUUAACACACACGCUCACACAUAUACAGUGAGUAUGUACAUACCCGGCUCUACAAGGAAACUUAAUCUCAUUUUAGUUCAAUUGUUGAAGAUUUCAACUUCAACGUUAAAUUGUUUUCUUCUGUUAUUUGUUAACAGAAUUUGUAGGCAGACCUCCCACACAUCACUGAGCAUAAUGCACUCCAUAUUGCACCAUUAUUCCUUUCGUAGUUAGGCAGGGAUUUCAUUAUUAAGUUACAUGAAGUUUCAGUGCAUAUGAAAGAUGAACGAAUAACUAGGUAGAACCACGUGAAAUGUUUGCACACACUUACCUUUUCACUUCUGUGAUAUCCACAUUAAGGCCCAUUAGAAGAAGCUUCAUCAUGGCAAGUACAUUUCUCUACUUUGUAUCCUAUCCCGCUGUUCUCAAGACCAGAACUGGGGAUUGCAAUUUGUUCCUGACAAGGGAUACUUGGGGCAUUUGACACUGCAGAUUUCACAUACACACUGGGAAAGAGGGGAGCACACCUGCAGUAUGUCAACCCAAUGAUUCUGUGUUCCAGAUUUCAUGGAAUCCUUGAACCGCUUCCCUCCAUUUGUCGACACCAGGAAACAGGCUACUCAGCAUGGUCCCACUUGUAUGUUCUCCUUAACUUGCCAAUAUGCUGCCAGGCCAUGUUCAACAUUCUUGUGUUUAUUCACAAAGCCCUAAAUAACUUGGGUCCAAAGGAACUGAUUUCUUAUAUUCCACCGACCACCGAGAUAUUUGCCCAUCUCCCUGAGCUUCAGGCAUCCUUUACCAGGAACGAAGCCUUUCAUGUGGUAGGCUGUGCCCUGUAGAACUCCUUGCCAAUUGAAGUCCAGCAAGAAUCAUCUUGCUUUCUUUGAGAUGUCUUCAAAAAAACCCAAAUCCUGUUCAGAGAAACUCCCAAAAAAUGUUGAAGUAUUUUCAUGAGAAUUUUUUUUUAUUGCAAAUUGCUGCAGAAAUAUGAAGCACUGAAUUUAACAUUGGAAAAAUGAGAAACUGAAUGAAACUGAAACGAACACAUCCUUUCAUCCCUACCAGUGAAUAACCGUUAUAUUAACAUCUCGGCCACGGAGACUGAAAAUACUGGAUAUUAUAUGAAGUGCCAUAUGGAAGCUCCAUCUUAAUCCCUCUUCCAG